AUGACCGUGGACCAGCAAUAUGGACCCAUUGACUAUCGUCGUGAGCUGGAAGCCAUUGCCAAGUUUUCGCACAAACGUUAUGAACGAUGCUUCGUCAAGUCGUUUGGGUGGUACAAGGAAGGCGAGCAGCUGUAUGUCGCCAUGGCAUGGCUUGAAGACCGCGAUCAUUUUACGUUCCUUUAUAAAAACCGCACCUGCCAGAAGCCGAAGUGA